GCGUCCUGAUCGAGUUUGCCAAAUCCCCCGUUAGAUGGCGGGAGAUGAAAAAAAAUUUCCUAUUGAUUAGAAAGUCUAUUGGUUAAUUUAUUUCGUGUCCAUUUUGACAUACAUGAGAUGUUGAGAAGACCGAUCAAAAUUAAAUUAUGUCGACAGAGGAAUCAACACCUCCUGCUAUGGAUGUAGAUACCGCGAGCGAUAACACAUCUAUAGAUGACAAAAUAGAUGAUUUUUGUGAAAAUCCAACUAGGGAUGCUCUGACAGAAGGUUUAAUGAGUUUACUGAAGCCAACCGUCGAUCAGUUGGAUGAAAGAAUUCGUGCUACGAGAAUAUGUCAGAUAGAAUUGAAGCAGCGUAUUGAAUCACUGACAGACGUAUUAACGAGAAUCAACGAGGCUCUUCAGUCCCCGUUCGAGACUGACUCUUACGUUAAGAAGCUUAUAAAUGCUAAGCAAAAAAUAACAGUUGUAAGCAACAUCUUACAAACGACUCAGGAACGAAUAAAUAAACUUCAUCAGGCUGUAGAAAGAAAUACGGCAAAGAGAAAGGCGUUAUUGGAUCAUAGUUCUAUGUAUAGUAGUACUUCCAGUAUACAAGAAAAAGAAGAAGGUGGAGAAAAUUAAAUAUUAGCGCAUUAAAAGAUUCUCUUGUCGUUGUAUUCCUGUCAAAGGGAAUAAUUCGGAUACGAUUGAUUUAUAUGUUUCCUUGGACUUUCUUGUUAAAUGAUAAUGGAUACUCCUAUAGUAAAACUCUCCGACGAGGAUCUUGAAACUGUUUAUGAACCGG